AUGGCCUACAACGAUGAUGCCGUUCUUGCAAAACUUUCUGCUUUGAAUGAGACGCAGGAGAGUAUCGUCACUGUCGCUCAAUGGAUCAUGUUUCAUAGGAGAUUUGCCGACCGUACUGGACAACUUUGGCUUCAAAAGCUGAAGGAUUCCGGAAGUAACAAGAGAUUGAAUUUGGUCUAUCUUGCGAAUGAAGUUGCACAACAAUCGAAAGCUCGGCGCAAGGAUGAUUUCCUCAUUGCAUUUUCUCCUGUAAUUGCAGAGGCUACAGCAACUGCUUACAAGGGAGCUACGAGCGAUGUCCAAAACAAAUUGAAGAGAGUUGUGGAAGUUUGGAGGCAGAGGCAGAUAUUCGAGAUCCCUAUACAAGAUGCAGUUGAGGCUCGAAUUGAGGAACUCGAAAAAUCCAGAUCUUCGAACAGGAAAGGUUUGGGCGGAUCCCUAUUCUCCAGCAAUUCAUCAUCGGUACCAAGCGAACUUCAACCCCUUGUAGCACCUCAACAAUCGAUUUCCAAAUUGGUACUCUCUACGAAAACCUCUACAAGUUCUGCGAACCUUGAUUAUGAAAAGCUCACAGAUCCAAAUACGCCAACCCCAUCCGCACCAGUCCAUGCUGCCCGACUCAACGGCCUUCUCAAGUCUUUGGCGAACGCAGAGGGAGCUGUAGCUGAAGUUAUCAAAUCGCGUAACUUGUUGAUUGAAGGAUUGGAGAAACUACUAGAGACAAAUCGCAAUGCCCUAGCAGAAGAGGAGACGCAACUCAACCUCCUAUCCACGCGACGCACCGAAAUCGACACUAAAAAGAGGGACGUGGAAGACAGCAUCAUGCGGGGGUUUGCAAACAGCAGCGAAAGCACACCCGCAGAUGGCAGCCCGGGAAAUCAAAUGGCCACUCCCAAAUCUGAACCUGACCGCCCCGAAGUCGAACCACUUUCACCUCCGUUGCGCCCUGCUAAGGAAGAGUCCAUCAACCAAGAGCCAAUUCUCGAUUUUGACCUUGACUCGUCCGCUAAUGCAACGAAUGGUUCGAAUUACAUAUCCCAGUCCAUAUCACCAACUUCUGGUUUGGAUUUGCUAAGUAGUGUUUCUACUAGUUAUGGAAGGAGCAAUUCGAUGAGCAGUAUGAAGAAGAGGAAAUUGAAUGAUGACUUUCCCGAGAUGGGUGGUGAUGCUAUGGAGGGGUUAGAUGCGGAUGUUGCGGAGAUGUUGAGACAGGAUUCUGGUGCUUCUUGA